CCCAAAAGACCCCUCCACGACGUGAUCCCGCCCCUCAUCCUCGGCACCGCAACCUUCAACACGCAGUACGUCGACGACCCCUAUAACGAGGCCGACCUGCCCGCCCUCGCCAUCGUCUCCCGCGCCCUCGACCUCGGCGUCAACGCCUUCGACACCUCCCCCUACUACGGGCCCUCGGAGCUCAUCCUCGGCGCCGCCCUCUCCCACCCCUCCGUCCGCGCCCGCCACCCCCGCGACUCGUACUUCCUCGUCACAAAGGCCGGCCGCAUCCACGGCGACGUCUUCGACUACUCCCCGGCCUGGAUCCGCUACUCGGUCCUCCGCUCCCUCGAGCGCCUCCACACCGACCACCUCGACCUCGUCUACACACACGACGUCGAGUUUGUCUCGCCACAAGAAGUCCUCGCCGCCGUCACCGAGCUCCGCCGCCUCCGCGAUGAGGGCCUCGUUCGGCACGUGGGGAUCAGCGGGUUCCCCGUCGACACGCUCUGCUCGCUGGCCGAGAUGAUCCUGCGCGAGACGGGCGAGCCGCUCGACGCGGUCCUCAGCUACGGCCACUGCACGCUGCAGUGCACCACGCUCGGCUCGAGCCAGACGAUCCGCCGCUUCGCCGACGCCGGAGUGGACGUGGUGCUCAACGCGAGCAUGCUGGGCAUGGGCCUGCUCACGACGCGGGGCGUCGACGCCGGGCCCAUGGCCAAGUGGCACCCCAGCCCCCACGGGCUGCGCGAGGCCUGCGCCCAGCUCGUCCGCGUCGCGGCCGACGCCAAGGAGAAGCUCGAGGUCGUGGCCAUCCGCUGGGCGCUGGACACCUGGUCGCGGCUGGGUUCUCCCCUCGGCACAUCGUCGUCGCCACUGUCCGGCGGCAGCGGCUCGACGGUGGGGCGGCAGCGAGUGGGUGUCAGCGUGAUGGGCGUGUCGAGCGUGGCCGAGCUCGAGGAGACGCAGCGCGUGUUCAACAGCGUGCUCGAGGGCCUCGACGACCCGGACACGCCCGCGAGCGAGCAGACCGAGGCGGCCAAGUUCAAGCGCCAGUGGAGCCUGAACCGGGUCAACAAGGUCCAGGGCGUGGUCGAGCAGAUGUGGCAGGUGCUCGGCACGUGGAAGGACUACGCGUGGAGCAGCCCGGAGCCCGGGUUCAAGAACCAGCGCAGACCCGAGGACGCGGGCGUGGUGCCGCAGGACGACGGCGUCAUGACGAGGUACAGGGAGAAGGUCAAGAGGCAGCAG